AUGGUGCUUGAUCAAUCCACCGCGUCCUACUCCACUUGGAAGCGGUACUUCUCCUUCGUGUUCCGUGAGUACCUGCUCCACGGCCAUGUCGAUGGCACUGUGGACUCGAGCCUCAUGAUUCACGACGAGGAGUGGAUGAUCCUUGAUGCCAGCAUCAUCCGCUGGUUCUACCUCACCAUCUCCAACGACCUCUUCCACACGGUGGUGGAUGAUGACGUUGAUGCCUACGCCGUCUGGACCAAGCUCAAUGACCUCUUCACCGACAACAAACUGCAACGCAAGGUCCUCCUCCACGGCGAAUUUUAUGGGUGUCAGCAGCUUGACUCAUCCAUCGACGAUUUUUGCAUGCGCCUCAAAAAGCAUGCCGAUGAGAUCCGCGAUCUCGCCGAGACGGUUGGCGACGAGCUCCUCAUCAGCACCCUCACCGCCGGCCUCAACGAGGCCUUUGAGAACGCCGCCUCCAACCUCACCCUCGUUCCGGAGCCUACCUUUGCCAAGGUGGUGGCGUACCUCAAGCUGGAGGAGCGACGGAUGAAGAUGGCUUGGACUCGAGCGACCCACACCACUCUCGUCGCCGGCACCCGUGGGGGCUCGCCGCCGCCACCGCGUCCCGUGCCGGCUCUCCCGCCCGUGCCGGCCUUCCCGCAGGCCCCGGCUCCCCCCUUCCCGCCACCCCCGUGGGCUGCUAGUGGGGGCCACCGCAGGGGCCGCAAGCAGCAGCAGGGCGCCGACUCUCAGGGAGGAGCGGCCCGCCCCCAGCAGCAGCAGUACCAGCCAGCCCCGUGGUAUGCUGGCCAGAACCCUUGGACUCGCGCUAUGCAUGCCUACUCCAUGCCGGUUUCCCGUGCCCCUGCCCCAGGUAUCCUCGGCACGCGGCCUCCGUCCCAUCAGGCGUUCUAUGCCGCGCUGCAGCCCUAUGCGGCGCCCUAUGGGCCCCUCUCCUACGGCCAGCCGCCGCUGCCAGGUGGGCUGCCACUGAUGCCCCCGACGGCCCCGCCCGAGCAACCCGCGCUCCCACCGGCGCCGUGGGACCCGGCUCUCUUGGCGGCCCUGCACUCCGCUCCCUCACCGUCCACCUACACCGGCGGCGGCGACUGGUAUAUGGACACUGGAGCUACCGCGCAUAUGGUCGCUCAUCCCGGAUGCUCGUACCCGGAUGGUACUCCACCGAUGUGA